AUGAAGGUAGUCUCGGCCUUCGCCGCAGCGGUGGCCGCGCUCCUCGGAGCUGCGCGCGCCGCUGACAUCGACAACGGCUUCACGCAGGACGGCGCCACCACCUACUGCAUGGGCGUGACCGGCGCCGUGGGCACGCUCGUGUUCGACACGCUCGAGACCAGCAACGCCGGCCGCUGCCCCGUGGGCGUCACGCUCUCGGUCUCGGGCUCCGAGUUCCACGUGAACGACCCCAUCACGGUCAAGUGGUCGGCCAAGGCCAACGCGGGCGUGAGCAACUCAAUCUUCCCGAACGCCAUCGACGCGACCACGGGGCUGCCCGGCGCGGUCACCGUGUCGUCGCUCUACGCCUGCACGUCCGGCACCAACUGCGCCACGAACGUGGGCGGAACCCCCACGGGCGCCGACGGAACCAGCACGGGCGCGUUCGCCACGGACGGCACCAAGGCCCUGGAGACCAACACGUUCACGCUGGGCACUGCCGGCGACUACGUCAUCGUGGGUCUCGUGGCGCUGCCCGGCGACACCUCGCUCAGCCUUUCAGCGGACGAGUACGUCGUGUUCAAGAAGAUUAGCGUGAUGUCUGCUGACACCGUCAUCUCGUCCUCGAGCAACUCGACUACAGGUAGCGUAGGCACUUCUCAUGGCUCGAGUGGCACGGGCUCGAGCGGGUGGGCCACCACUGCUCCGCCCGUCACAACUGCACCGCCGCUAACUUCCGGGCCCUCGUCUUCCACAGGUUCUUCUGACAAGGGCUCGUCGGCCGGCCACUCGAACAGCAACAGCCUCGGCAGCAGCCACAGCGGCAGCCACAGCAACAGCAACAGUAAGAGCAACAGCCACAGCGGUGCCUCGGGCAGCUCGGCGGACCAGAGCACCAAGUCGGGCAAGGACGACGACGACAACUACACGUCCAGUGACAGCACCAAGCAGGGCACUACGACCUCGGAUGACACGACGCAGCAGACGGACACGGGCUCUUCGGGAGCGGCCAAGUCGGCCUCCACUUCCAGCGGCAGCGACGGCUUCUUCAGCGGAAGCGGCAUGAUCAUCGUUGCUGCUGUGGUCGGCUGCUGCAUCGUCGGUGUCGUGGGCUUCGCCUUCGUGAUGCGCCGUCGCAAGGAGCAGCGCACGAACACCAACAAGGCCUUCGACCUGCAGUCGCCUUCGAUGGCGAGCGACAUGGACGACAGCUCCCUCAACCACGGCGGCAAGAUCGACCUGACGUACGUCGCCAACAUCUCGUCCCGCAACAACAACGCCGCUGCGGAUAACGUGAUGAGUGAGGAGUCGUCGGUGGCCAUCAUGACCUCGGCCGAGCGCGGAUCGGAGCUCAACUCGAGCAACGGCAGCUCGAUGCACUCGCUCCCGAAGAGCAGCCUGGACACGGACGAGUACUCGGAGAAGGUGAGCUACGGCGCGGUGGGUGCGGCUGCUGGUGCUGCUGCUUUUGCUGGACACCAGAACGAGUCUGAGAUUGAUGCCUACCGCAUGAGCAACAUGUCGGAGAUCUCGUCGAUCCACGGCGGCGCUCAGAGCGAGGCCUCGAUGUCCAACUUCGGCGACUCGGUUGUGUCUGCGCGUCAGAACCAGUACUUGGCGAACGAAUGGAACGACUCGGAGUCGUCUCGCAUGGACUCCCGUCUGGACUCGAUUGAGCAGGCUGAAUUGAAGGCCCGCGGAUUCGGCAGCAUUAGCGGAUUCAGCACGGUUAGCGGCUUGUCCGAGGACAACACGCGCAUUACUGGACUGAGCGAGCACGACUCGAACCACGACAUUGGCUUCUCGAUGUCGUCUCGCCCUACCGUUGAGUCCCGCUUCACUGAGGACUACCGCGAAACGGAAGACGCUCCUGCGGGCGGCGACGACUUGCGCUUCACUGAGGACUACCGCGCCACGGUGGACUCGCACGUCACGGAAGACUCUCGCGCUACGGGCUUCUCGGAGGCUAUGGGUGAGUCGCGAAUGCAGAGCGAGGUUUCGGUGGACUCCUACGGAUUCCGCGCGUCGCGUGAGAGCGCGGACUCGUACAGCUCGGGCAUGUCUCCGUACAGCCGCGAGGGCUCGCGUAUUAGCGGCUUCAGCGUCGGCUCGGACCGCUCCAGCAAUUACUAGACGAUGUGAAGUUUACGGUAGUUGACCUUCUUGUGCCAGGAAGGAUGCAGUCGGCGCUGCUGAGAGAGGUCAACGAGUGAGUGAGCCUUGUG